CCCCACCUAGCCUCUCAACUUUGAUGUGUAAAGGAAAAAAGAAGAAGAAAAAAGGAAAAGUUUCAUCAGGUCACCAUCUUUUCUUCUGUAUAUGCAACUCAACAUGAAAAGCAACAGCAAAGAGAAAGAAAUAGUGAUUGGUAUUUCUGAACUAGAAGAAGAUAAGCUGUCCCAAAUGGUCAGAGAUUUUAUAGAAUUAGAUCAUCAUUUUGAAACUUUACAAGUUGAUGAACUUGUUGAUCAUAAUCCUACUACUUAUCUUACCUUACAGGAUAUUCUUGAGAAUGUUACAGAUGCUGAAACAGAGAUUCUUGGGAAAAUCUUGUUUUACUGGGGAAACAUGGUUAAUAAUAAUAUGAAGCCUAACGAGUUAAGGCAAUGGAUUGUCAAUAGAUUAAGAAUGGAUCAUUAUGAAGCUUCUCUUUGUAAAACUUCUUGGAUCACCACUUUUGGUCGUCCUUCAGCAUUUAAAUUUACAGGUGAUUAUGAGUACAUAGAUGUGAUGAUGAAGGAAAGCAAUGGAUCAGAGGAAACAGUGAGACUAAUAGUGGAUAUAGAUUUUAGGUCACAGUUUGAGUUGGCUAGGCCUACACAAGCCUACCAAGAUCUUUCAAAUUCUCUUCCUUCAAUAUUUGUGGGUACUGAGGAGAAACUCAAUGGCAUUAUAUCUUUGCUUUGUGCUGCUGCCAAACAGUCCCUUAAGGAGAAAGGCCUUCAUGUUCCUCCUUGGAGAAAAGCAAGCUAUAUGCACUCCAAAUGGCUCUCUCAUAAUUGCAAGAAAAUCGCUUUGUUUGCACCACUCUGCACAUGAUUUAAGGCCUAAAAAUUUAGAAAGAGAGCUAAUGGUAGAAAUUAAGUGUUUUUUUUUUUCUAUUUUCUUCUUUAGGUUACGUACUAUAGUUUAUAUAUUGUAUAUUGUCAAAGGUCUAUUUUACUCCUGGCUUGUUAUGAGCAUUACAAGUGCUUGGAGAAUUUUGUUGGUGCGCUAAUUACGAUAUAAUUAAUUAAUGGUCUUUUGAUUUUA